AUGUGCUACGAAAUAGAAUCACAAUAUCCUGGCGGCAGUCAGGAGUUUGAAAAAAUCGGUGUUCAAACCUCUAAUAGAAAUAAAAGUGUACUGACAAAUUCUGAAAAUAGAAAAAUACGUCCCAUAUCCGAUGCAAUGCACCAGAUGCCAAAAAUACGGUUAUCACCACAAAAUUUGCAAAAAUUCAUUUGUGAUGAUGAUAUGGAUUGUGACUGCUUCUAUGAUCAGAGUGAAUAUGGUAAACAUACCAGUAAUAGUAAUUGCAAAUCACUCAAAAAUAAAAACCCCGUCGGAGACUCUUUAAAUGAAAAUGCUUACAACGACAUCAAAAUAUUACAGUGGAACAUAAGAGGAAUAAGAAUUAAUUUACCUGAACUACACAUUUUAAUAAGUAAAUGCAAACCGCACAGCAUAUGUCUCCAAGAAACCAAAACAACUGAGGAAAAACAAAUAAUUUCAAAAAACUAUGCAUCAUACUACAAAGCAUCCACUCCAAUAAAGACAAAUCCAUCAGCUGGGACAGCAAUUUAUGUACAUUACAAGAAGUGGAACGAUACGUUAGAAGCUAUUGCAUUUAUUCUGUCUAAAGAAUGUUACAAUAUUAUGAGACCCUACCCUGGGUCCAACUACGAUCUCAUAUCCAACGUAUUCGACGCAAAUGACUCAUUCCUGAUUGAUGACGUGUUCAAAAAUAUUUAUGACUAUGGUAGCAAACACUACGAUUAUAGAAACGCCAAACAUUGUUCAAAGCGGAUUGGUGGAAUGAAAAAUUGUGAUUAUCACCAGAAUAUUUUCAAAUGUAUUUUAGGCAAGCAAAACUUUAAAGCAAAAGUUGAAGAAUUGUUUCGGGAGUUGGAAACCGAAUACGAGAGUCGAAGUAGAAAAAUUGUUUCCGGAGUUAGACUCAAAUUAAAUUGUUCGAUCAUGCUUGCAUUCACAUAA